AUGACUUUCCUGCUGGCGCUGCUGGGAGCUCUGCUCUGCUCCCUGACCGUUUCUUCUGAGGUCGUACCCCAGGCGGACUUCGAUGUACAGGGGAUGGCAGGGAAGUGGUACCUGAUUGGAUUUGCCACUAACUCCGAGAGAUUUACGAGCCGCAGAGCCAGCAUGAAGAUGGGCUACGCUAUUUGGACCCCAACUGCUGACGGGGACCUGGACAUGUCCCACGCCAGUCUCAACUCUGACGGCUCUUGUUGGAGAAUGAACAACAUGGCUAAGAAGACUGACAUGCCUGGGAAGUUCACGUACACAAGUGAGAAUGAGGGCUGGGGGAAAGUGAAUGACAUGAGAGUGGUUGAAGUGAAGUAUGACGAGUACGCCCUGAUUCAUACCACGAAGAGCAGGGAGAGCAAUCCCACCGUAUUCAACAAACUAUAUGGCCGUGGUGUGGACCUCAGCGCUGAUGUGAUGGAGAAGUUCAGGCAGUUCUCCCUGGAGACCGGCGUCCUGCCUGAAAACAUUGCUUUCCUUCCCAAAAAUGCGGAGUGCCCAGCGGCUUAG